CCCCUUGGGAAAGUACAUAUCUGGGAGCAGCAGGCAGCUCCGUGCUCGCACUCCGGCUCGGCCGUCCCACCGCGCGUUCGCCUCGCCGCUCCCGCCGCAGCCCCCGGGCCCCUCGCCGCCGCCACCAUGGACGCCAUCAAGAAGAAGAUGCAGAUGCUGAAGCUCGACAAGGAGAAUGCCUUGGAUCGAGCCGAGCAGGCGGAGGCCGAUAAGAAGGCGGCGGAGGACAGGAGCAAGCAGCUGGAAGAUGAGCUGGUGUCGCUGCAAAAGAAACUCAAGGGCACUGAAGAUGAACUGGACAAAUACUCCGAGGCUCUCAAAGAUGCCCAGGAGAAGCUGGAACUGGCAGAGAAAAAGGCCACCGACGCUGAAGCCGAUGUAGCUUCUCUGAACAGGCGCAUCCAGCUGGUUGAGGAAGAGUUGGAUCGUGCCCAAGAGCGUCUGGCAACAGCUUUGCAGAAAUUGGAGGAGGCCGAGAAGGCAGCGGAUGAGAGUGAAAGAGGCAUGAAAGUCAUUGAAAGCCGAGCCCAAAAAGAUGAGGAGAAAAUGGAAAUUCAGGAGAUCCAACUGAAAGAGGCCAAGCACAUUGCUGAAGAUGCUGACCGCAAGUAUGAAGAGGUGGCCCGUAAACUGGUCAUCAUUGAGAGUGACCUGGAACGUGCAGAGGAGCGGGCUGAGCUCUCAGAAGGCCAAGUUCGACAGCUGGAAGAACAAUUAAGAAUAAUGGAUCAGACCUUGAAAGCAUUAAUGGCUGCAGAGGAUAAGUACUCGCAGAAGGAAGACAAAUAUGAGGAAGAGAUCAAGGUCCUUUCUGACAAGCUGAAGGAGGCUGAGACUCGGGCUGAGUUUGCGGAGAGGUCAGUAACUAAGUUGGAGAAAAGCAUUGAUGACCUAGAAGACGAGCUGUACGCUCAGAAACUGAAGUACAAAGCCAUCAGCGAGGAGCUGGACCACGCUCUCAACGAUAUGACUUCCAUGUAAAUGUUCACCCACCCUGCCUGCUCACAUUCGCGCCCUCAUGCUAAUAUGAUAAACUCACCGCUGCUCCUUUCUGUGCUUCCAGAAUCUCCAUCUUUACACCUUUCUGCCUACUCUCUUUGCAUAAUCUAGGAUAGCCAUUGUUUUUUCACUUUUUACUAAUAUAAAGGCCAAGUAAAUUAAGUGUCUGUACAAAUCGUUUUCCUUUCAGAAUUCAUUCAUUUCCCGAUCCGUAGGCUAGAUCAUUCCCACUGACCCGUGAACUGGAAUAAGAAAGACUGGAGCACUGUCCUUUUAGGAAAUUAAACUAGGCUCAAGUAAAAUUAGGAGGUCAUGCAAUUGUGCAGGAACUUCCCAAAGAAAUAUCAAAAAUUGGUUUCCUGAGAUUGAAUUAACAAUGAUCAUUUUUAAAAAAAAGUAAAAUUUAAGAACCCUAAAGAGUCAGAUUACUGAGGGUCUGAGGGACAGGAAAUUGGUGCACUACAGCCUAAAGACUGGUGCUUUAAAAGAUCACCUCUUCCUCACUGUUAAGAAUUCUAGAGAGAAACACUCUCCUGAGUAGCCAAGCCUUUAAUUUUCUGUGUUUAUAUAAAGGGAAUUAAAGUAUCCCCAACAAGCACCACAACUUGUGUCAAAGAAAUGGGACAUAAAACACAGAUUGCACAAUAUGAGUUUGGGAGUUAAUGGCCCAGCUUUUACUACUGUGAGGCACUAAGAGAUGGAGUAAAUAGUCUUGUUCUCAUGAGAACCUUGAGCACACACAACUAAUUUCUAUAUUACUAACCACACCUAAACUUUAAACUUAUUCUGUCUCUUUAAAUUCUAACUUGGAGUGUUUCACAGAGGGUUCUCUUACCCUGAUAAUGUGGCACUGAAUUCCACAUAAGCUGGAAAUUUCAUUUUCCAGGCCCAGCUGUCCUUCCUUCAUCCAUGCAGAAAAAUGGUAGCUUGAAGGGUGUGGCCCGUGCCUGCUGCUUUACAGCUUAUAGAAUCUCUAUGUUACCCUAGAGACAGGAUGGUCACUAUGGAAACUAGAGAAAGCGCCCCCCUCUCCCCUAUCUCUGGUCUUUCCAUGAGACCGUAAACAUGCUGAUUCUAUGGGGAAAACUUGUAUCAAGUAUGAGUAAAUAUACUAAAAGAUGGGUUAGCUCAAAAUUUAUUUGUAAAACCUGUUCCUGGGUCUUAAGAUGGACCCUUACCCUGAGGGGGCUUGUGAUACCUGAGGGCGGUCCGGACACUAGGUGGGGCAGGGAUCGACCUCCCGCAGGUGCAGCUGGCAGCAGGUUUUGCAUGUCUGCUUCUCAGCUCUUUCAAGUGCUGCUCUCAUCUGUUAGUCUGGUUUUCCUUUUUUUCCAUUGUGCCACUUUUUUCUUUUUCUCCCACCUUUUCUCUUCAUGCAGAUAAGUUUCUUUGCUUCACUUCUUCCAAGACCCCUUCAUCAAGCUGGAUGUUCCGCCUCUCUCAGCUCUGCAGUUUGUCUCUUCCCCAGCUGACCCUGGUUCUUUCUUUUAGCAUCCUGCCUUAGGGCCAGGCGCACACUGUGCUUUCUAUUGUACAGAAGCUCUUCAUUCAGUGUAAAAUAAACACUGUGUAAGCUA